AUAAAGAUUAUAGGAGUCCCGUGAAUGCCUCCGCGCGGACAGUACGCAUCCGCGGCUAUCGCCGAAAGGAUCGUAUCGAGCGAUUCGCACGUAUCGCUAAUACAGUAGAAUAUUUUAAUUUAAUUUGUGACGAGCAAUGUUUUAACUGAAAUUUAAUGUAGUUAAAGUAAAAUCUAAAAAUUUUUUUUUUGUGUAAAAUUAAACAUUAAAUAUUUCUACUAAGUGACCGUGAAAUUAUGUUCUUAGUGAUAUAAAACUUGUUUAACGAGGAAACUAUAAGAAAUUUUGAGAAAAUUAUGUGGUUAAGAGCGACAAGUACUAAAACAAACAGAAAUCUACAUAAUAUUGUAGAGCUCCUUAGUAAAGUGCACCCUUACAAAACCAGUCUUCGGUAGUCCAUUGUAGUAAUCAUGGAAGGAAGAUUCAAAGUUUCGUCUGUAGAAUCAGAAUGCAAAAAGAAUGGUAUACAUAUGGGAGCCAAUAUUAUUACUCGGCCGUUAAGGAAUUCAGCAGAGACAGUCGAACGAGGUGUAUCUUCCAAUGCUCAAUCUGACACAUGGCUUCACGAUGCUGGAUGGAGGAGAAAGAGAUCACUUGCGCAACUCACGAGAGAAGCUUUGCCCAGAAUGGAAAAUUACAGAAAUUCCAAAAGAGCAUUGAAAAGACCAAGUCUUGGAGAGUUGCAUGGUGAUCAUCUUAUUACAGAAGAGGACGAGAAAAAUCAAAGAGAUACCAAAUCUCCAACUCCUACCGUUGGCAUCAAAUUGGGAUGGAUUCAAGGCGUCCUGAUACCAUGUCUCCUAAACAUUUGGGGGGUGAUGCUUUUUCUACGAAUCUCAUGGGUGGUAUCGCAAGCUGGCAUCGGCUUGUCACUGGUUAUCAUAGCUAUAUCGGCUGUGGUAUGCGUCAUCACAACAUUAUCAAUGAGCGCCAUAUGUACAAAUGGGGAAGUAAAAGGAGGUGGUAUAUAUUAUAUUAUAUCAAGAUCGUUGGGUCCAGAGUUCGGUGCUUCUGUCGGUAUAAUUUUUGCCUUUGCCAAUGCUGUGGCAGCCAGUAUGAACACUAUCGGUUUCUGCGACUCUUUAAAUGAUUUACUCCGGACUAAUGGUUUGAAGAUCAUAGACAGCGGAGUUAGCGACGUAAGAUUGGUAGGAACCAUUGCCCUAAUCGUUAUGUGCAUCAUUUGCGCUAUUGGCAUGGAUUGGGAGAGCAAAGCACAGAAUUUCCUGAUAGCAAUAAUAGUCGCGGCGAUGGUCGAUUUUAUUGUAGGCACCAUUAUAGGACCAAAGAGCACUGAAGAGAUUACGCAAGGAUUUGUUGGCUUUAGCAGUACAAUUUUCUCGGAGAACUUCAGACCAGAUUUUCGAUACAGUGAAGGUCUAAAUCAGGAUUUCUUCAGCGUUUUUGCCAUCUUCUUCCCAUCUGUGACAGGCAUUCAAGCUGGAGCUAAUAUUUCUGGGGAUCUAAAGGACCCCGCUUCUGCCAUCCCCAAAGGUACACUGCUAUCGCUGCUGAUCUCCAUGUUGAGUUAUGCGCUGAUGGUUUUAUUCUCCGGGGGUGGAGCUCUGCGAGAUGCUAAUGGAAUCGCAAGCAUUGUUGUCAAUGGAACUUACAAUAUCAGUGAAAUCAGCGACUGCACGUACACCAACGGAACUUGCAAAUAUGGACUGCAUAAUAGUUAUUCGGUUAUGCAACUGAUGUCUGGAUGGGGUCCUUUAAUCUAUGGCGGCUGCUGGGCGGCGACACUGUCCACUGCUCUUACUAAUCUGCUCUCUGUUCCUCGUCUCAUCCAAGCCCUCGGUGUGGACCGCAUCUACCCCGGCCUCAUCUUCUUCUCCAAGCCUUACGGCAAGCAUGGAGAGCCUUACCGUGGAUAUGUGCUCACUUUCUUGGUCUCACUUCUAUUUCUUCUUAUCGCCGAUCUGAACACUAUUGCUCCUCUCAUCUCAAACUUCUACCUAACAUCGUACGCACUGAUCAACUUCUGUACGUUCCACGCGGCUCUCGUUCGCCCUCUCGGCUGGCGACCUACUUUCAGGUAUUACAACGUAUGGCUGUCUCUGCUCGGUUUUCUGAUGUGUGUGGCCAUUAUGCUGCUCAUCAGCUGGAUAAUGUCUCUAGUCACAUUCGCCAUAUUCUUCACGCUCUAUCUCAUCGUGCAUUAUCGGAAACCAGAUGUUAACUGGGGUAGCAGUACUCAAGCGCAGAUGUAUAAAACCGCAUUAUCGAGCGCCCACAACUUGGCCCGCACAGGGGAGCACGUAAAGAACUAUUGGCCCCAGCUGCUGGUACUGGCAGGCACCCCGCAAACCAGGCCGGCGCUCGUCGACCUCGGUUACCUCAUCACUAAAGCCGGCUCGUUAAUGAUCGUCGGAGAUAUUACAGAGAAAAAGCUAUCGUACAAGGAGCAAUCAGCCCGUAUCAGAUCAGGCGACGAAUGGUUACGCGGACGGAAAGUGCGCGCGUUCUGCAGUGCCGUGAACGGAUUCAGCUUCGAGCUCGGCGCGAGAGCACUUAUGCAGGCGGCGGGUGUCGGCCGACUGGCGCCCAACGUGCUGCUCAUGGGGUACAAGUCCGACUGGACCACGGCACCUGCCAACGAUCUUGUAUCUUACUUCAAUGUUUUACACACGGCAUUCGAGAAUCGUCUAGCAGUGGCCAUAGUACGCGUGGCGGGCGGUUUAGACCAUGGCACGGCGGCGGAGGAGGCGACGGCGACGCCGGCUGGCGGCCACACUGCCACCUCCAGCGGCAGCGGCGAGCUUCGCGUACGUCGCGGGCCCUCUAACAUCAUGCACGCCGACUCCGACCUCGACAUCCGCUCACCAGAUUCACACCCCACCAGCAGGAACAAUCUCACCGGUUUGAUAAACACACCGAUAUCACGCUCGUACACGAUAUCAGAAAAAGAUACCAAAGAAAAGAAAAAAGACAAAAAAAUGGAUUUCCAUAGACAAAUUGUAUACAAAACAUCUAAUGGUCUUGAAAUAUCAAAAGAUCAGUUGUCACAGAUGAGCAUAUUCCAGAAGAAACAGGAGUCGGGUACAUUGGACGUGUGGUGGUUGUACGACGACGGUGGCCUCACCAUACUGUUGCCGUACAUCAUCUCGCAGCGCUCGUCGUGGGCCAACUGCAAGCUGAGAAUCUUCGCCCUCGCCAAUCGUCGCCACGAGAUGGAGCUUGAAGAAAGAAAUAUGGCCAACUUACUUUCGAAGUUCCGAAUAGACUACUCAUCUUUAACAAUGGUGCAAGAUAUAACAGAGGCUCCUCAAGAGGAUACAAAGAGAAUGUUCGAUGAAAUCAUAAAGAAAUUUGUUGGAGAAAAUGAAGAGUGCGGUAUCAACGAGACAGAAUUACUAACGCUGGCGGAAAAGACUAACAGACAGCUGCGACUGCGCGAACUGUUGUUGGCCAACUCGAAGGAGGCGCGGCUUGUCGUUAUGUCAUUGCCUAUGCCCAGAAAGGGUUCGGUGUCGGCUCCGCUGUAUAUGGCGUGGUUGGAGAUGCUGAGCAGGGACCUUCCGCCGGUACUUUACGUCAGAGGCAAUCACACGUCAGUGCUCACGUUUUAUUCAUAAAAAUCUUACCAAAUUUUUUACUUUUUAAAGUUUAAAAUAAGUACAGUCAUGUCUAGUUUAAGUUUACAACAACAAGAAAAUCGUGUAAGUUCUAUUAUUUAAGUAGAUAGUUAAUAUUUCUAAUUGAAUGAAUAACUUAAAUAAUACUUAACGUGAUAAACAUUUGACACAAAACUAAUGUCAAUUUUGUAAGUAAAGUUAAGCAUACGAUUUGAUAUUGUUUUUAAUAUUUUCAUAUAACUAGAUUUUAUAUACUUGUGUAUAUUUAGUAGCUUAAUAUUUGAUAUGUUAAUAAAUAAAACUAUGAUCCAAAGACAAUGAACAAAUCAAAUCUGUUUAUAGAUAUAAUAAAAUGGCUAAUCCAGAUUAAUAAUAUAAUAAAACUAUUGUUUAAGUUACAAGGCACGCACAUAUAAUCAUAUAUACCUUAAAAAACAAAAAUAAAAAAAUACAGAUUAUUAGACUAAAUAGUUAAAGAUUGUGUCCCACAAAAACCGACUUCAAUUGAGACAAAACCAGUUAUUUUGUUCUAGAAAUUAAAAUACUGAUCCGUUUUUGAUAAAAUUUCUAUAAGAGCAAUCUGUAAGUACUUUCUUUCUAAGAGUUAUAUCCUAUCAGAUAAAAAAAGAAUUUUCCAAAUCAGUUCAGAACCGACGAAGUUAUGAGGUAAUAAACAUAAAAAAAUGCAACCGAUUUGAGAACCUCCUUUUUUUGAAGUCGGAUCAGUAAAAGUGAAUAAUAAGUGAAUUGGUAACUUAUCGACCACAAAUUAAUUGUUAACUCGAAUCAAUACAGAAUAGAUAAAUGUAUGAAGUAAGAUAAAUAAAAUAAGGUAUUUUUUAUAUUUUUAAAUUUAUAUAAAUACUAUUACACUUAUUUAAAGAAACAACUUCUUAGUAAUAACUACAGUGUUUUGAAUUUUGAAAAAACAUUAGUAGAUACAACAGUACAAUUACAAGCAUUUAGCUAUAAUUCUAACUUUUUUAACAUAAUUGGUAUUGUCUAGGCUAAAAAUAACUCCUCGCUGAAUAUACUCUGAACCUACAAGAUGCUGGUUAUCUUGCAGAAAAAUUUUAUCAUUAAACCACGGAAUUAUAUAUGAAUCUACAUUGAAAUUGUAUAAAUUAUACCUUAUAACUGAACGAUAUCUGCAAACAAAAUAUGUUUCUAUAAUAGUGUUAAUUUCUUGUCACAGGAAUUUAAUAUUAUAUCAGUAAAAAUAAACGACUUAUUGGAUCAGCAAUAUUGACAAGUAAAUUUUGUUUGAUUUCCUGUAAGAUUGAAUAAUUAUUUUGUAGUUAAUUUGUUAAAAUGUAAUACAUCUGUAAAUUUUAUAAAGAGGAUUAAAUUUGUAAUUAUUUGUUUUCAUACUAAUUUUCUUAAAGUUAAGUAGCAAAAAAAAAACGGAAAGUGUUUUAUAGUGUCUUUUUAAGUGUGGCUAUCUAUCUAUCUUUUGUUUUGUAAAAAUGUAUUUCAAAAAUUUAUUAGUUAACCUGUAUCGUUAGCGAUUUCUCACUUCAGUUAUUAGCUGAAAAUCAUUGCUGUUUGAUAGCAACAUGUGAAUGUUAAGGUAUUUUAAACAAUAGAGUCUACGUUACGUAUACAAAUGAAUUACGUUACGUAGACGACACGAUUUAUCAGUUAGUCGAUUUUAAGUAAUGAGAGACGGACUCGACUGAUCGCCUCUAACGGGCAAUAUCGUGACACUUAGACACUUAGGCAAUCUGUAUCUAUUUGAGCCAAACAAAUCCGUUUUUUAUUUUUUAUAACAUUAUGAACAAUUUGUAUAAAUAUUUAGUUAAGUAAGUUAAUUUAUAUUGUUAAUUUAUAAGAUAGAAAGACAUUUUUAUAAAUAUUAAAUGACGUUUGUAAAUAAA